AUGAGUCUGCCGUCGGGUGUGGACAUGCAGAAUCUGAUGUCGCAGCAUCCGGUUCUGGGAGCACUGCCACCUGCUUUCUUCCUGAGAGCCGCCUCGGAACGCUACCAGCGGACGCCCAAGUGCGCCCGCUGCCGGAACCACGGAGUGGUCAGCGCCUUGAAGGGCCACAAACGCUAUUGCCGCUGGCGGGAUUGCGUCUGCGCCAAAUGCACUCUAAUCGCGGAACGCCAACGGGUUAUGGCUGCUCAGGUGGCCCUCCGGCGCCAACAGGCCCAGGAAGAGAACGAGGCCCGCGAGCUGGGCCUGCUCUACACCUCGGUUCCUGGCCAGCAGAAUGGCAGCGACAGUGCCACGCCCACACCGCACAGCCCCAAUCACAGCGGCAGCGGCGGCUCGGCCAGCGGCGGAUCGGGCCAGAACGGCGUCUUCCACGGCGGCAUUCCCUCGCCACCCAGCGACGGCUUCGAGGCCAGCUCCACACCCAAUCAUCACCAGCAGUCGCAGCAGCAGCAGCAGCAGGCGCACCACCAGCAGCUCCACAGCCACCCACAUCCGCAGUCGCAGCGGUUCAAUGGCAAUGAAUCCGACACGGAUGGACGCACCCGUUCCGAGCACCUCAGCGUGGGCUUCUCGCCCACGAGAACCGAGCUGGAUGAGAGUCCUGUUUCCAAGCGCGGCGCAGCCUUGUCAAACGAGACCGACCAGGACACGGGCUCCGAGUCCGGAUCGCCGAGCAGUCCCCGGCCCAAGGUCGCCGGACUGUUCAAUCUGACCGCCAGCUUGUCGCCCGCCCGCACCGGACCGCCCAGCUCGCCGGAGUCGGAUCUGGAUGUGGAUUCGGCGCCGGACGAGGCCACGCCGGAGAACCUCAGUCUCAAGAAGGAGGACAGCCAGUCGCCGCCCAAUACGCCCGCCGAGAAUCUGCAUCUGCUGCGCUCCUUCAGCAGCAGUCAUGCCCAGGGCUUCCUGCCAUACCACCACACGCAGUUCCUGGCCGCCGCCGGCCUGCCCGCCCACCACCACCCACCGGCGCACUCGCCGCACCACCAGCAGCAGCAGCAGCAACAGCAGCAGCAGAACCACCUGCCACAGCACCACCAGCAGCAGCAGCAACAGCACCAGCAGCAGCAGAGAUCGCCCAUCGACGUGCUGAUGAGGGUGUUCCCCAGCCGACGGCGCAGCGAUGUGGAGCAGCUGAUGCAGCGGUUCCGCGGCGAUGUGCUCCAGGCCAUGGAGUGCAUGCUGGCUGGCGAGGAUCUGGGCCAGACGCCGCCGCAGGUGCCGCCCUCGCCGCCCUUUCCCAUGAAGUCCGCCUUCUCGCCGCUGGUGCCGCCCUCGGUGUUCGGUUCGCCCACCCAUCGCUACCAUCCCUUCAUGCAGGCGCACGCCAAGCGAUUCCUUACCGCUCCCUACGCCGGCACCGGCUACCUUCCGGGCGUGCUCAGUGCGGCGGACAUCGAGCAGUCCGAGUCCAACGGCGCGGGCGGCAUUGGGUUGGAUCGCACCAGCAAUGCCGGCGACUCCCAGGAUUGA